AUGCCAUUCCUCCCACUUGAAGUAGUUCCAAAGCUGCACUGGGUUGGUGUUAUGGAUUAUGACCUCAGAGCCUUUGAUAUCAUCAUGACAACACCAUUUGGCACAUCAUACAACUCAUUCCUCUUGCAGACUGCAAAGGAGCAUGUCAUUGGCAAAGAAGGGAAGAUCGACUAUAUUGUCCUCAACCACACCGAACCAGAUCACUCGGGGUCACUUGUCCACAUUCUUGCAAAGUAUCCCGAAGCCACUGUCAUUGCAACACCAGCUGCUUUGAAUAAUGUGAAGUACAUUGGACACAUCAAGGAAGACACAAAGACGCUCUCUGCACCAAAGAUAAAGACACUCGACUUGGGAGACAUCCACCUUAAGUUCAUCAUCCAGCCAUUCUUGCACUGGCCAGACACAAUGAUGACUGUCAUCGAAGAGCUCAAAGUGUUGGUCACAUGCGAUGUCUUUGGUGGGCAUUGUGCUGAUGACCGUGUCUUCAACGACAAGAUGAUGGACAGAAUUGCUGAUAUGGAUGAGGCGUACAAGCAUUACUUCGACUGCAUCUUUGGUCCAUUCAAGCCAUACGUCUUGAAAGGAAUCAACUUGAUAGAGACACAGAUGGGAUUCCCAGUCGAGGAACUCAAGGCAGUCUGCUGCAGCCAUGGCCCAGUUCUGAGAACAAACAUCAAAGAGAACAUCGAGAGAUACAGACAAUGGGCACAACCCCAAGUCCUCAAGAACAAAGUUGUGAUUGCUUAUGGCAGUGCUUAUGGAUACACAAAACACAUGGCAGAAAAGAUAGCAGAAGGCGUCAAGUCUGUUGGUGUCGAGGUCUCCAUCCACGACAUUGUCAGAUCAUCAGUCGAUGCCGUCUUGAAGGACUUUGGCGACGCAAAGGGAUUGCUGCUUGGCACUCCAACACUCGUUGCUGACGCAAUUCCACCAAUGAUGAUCAUCGCAUGCAACUUGAACCCAGUCAUCCACUGUGACAGAUACAUCUCAUGCUUUGGUUCACACGGAUGGAGUGGUGAAGGUGUCAAGAAUCUUGCAGUCAGAAUCGACCAACUCAAAUGCAAACAGCCAGUCAAGCCACUUUGCAUCAGAUUCCAACCAAACGGCGACGAACUCAAGACGUGCUUCCAGUGGGGUGUCGACUUUGCUACAGCUCUCAAAAAUUAA